AUGAGCUCAUCUGAUUCUUCAUCUCGUUCUCAGACAGGAAGACAGACAGUGGGCAUCCCCACUCGUUGUUGGUGUGGAUCAAACCUGACGACAUUCGGCGCUUCAACCAAGGAGAAUCUUUUCCGCAGGUUUCAUCGGUGCGAACUAGGCGUCAAGAGGAAAGCAGAACACCACUUGUUCAAAUGGUGCGACGAGGCCAUUGUUGACGAGAUUAACAUUGUCGAUGCUAAACAUUGUCACCUAAAGGCAGAUGUAGACUCUUUCAAGAGGUUCACAACACACAGUUUGGAAAAGCAAGCAAAACACCUUGAAGAUGCCCUUCUGCAAAUCAAAACGCUCCUUGAUGACCAAACUGCUCGAAGUGGGACAAACAACAACUCAGACUCCGCCACAGAAGAUACUUUGCCUGCUCAAUGCCUCCCACCCGUUGAGUACAAGUCAAAAUCACAAGUUAUCAACAUCGCAGUUGCAGCAAUUGCACUAGGAACAAUGGCAUGGCUCUACACCAAGCUCAAUUCCUAA